ACCAGAAUAGGCUGUUCUCUAUUUCCGGACCACUGAGUCAUACCGCUUUUUGUGUUAACUUUGUCUUGCAGUAUAAAAAAAUCGAAUUAUAUGUAUCUAUAAAUUACAAAAAUAAAACUAUAAUAAAUAAUACACUUAAUUGACAACGUUUAUCUUUGAAUAUAAUUAUGCCAUUAUAUCACUAAUGAUCUGAAUGUUUCUUCAUGUUCAGUCCCAGUAAACACAGUGUAACAUUAGGCUAUGACAAGAUUACACUAGCCUUUUAAAAUAUUAUAUGAACGUCUCAAAGCACACGGGAACUGGGCAUAUUGACUACUACUAAGCCUACAUAAGUAGCCUCACGAAAAUAAAUGUUUUCGGUAGGAAUAAAGUAGCCUUUGCUCUACCAAUACAGAGAGCCAGGACUGUGCCUUAACAGAGUGAGAGAGUGGGUGAGUGAGAGAGAGACAGACACAUAGGGCAGGCUGUUUGCGUGUGUAGGGGGCGGGCGGACAACACCGACGACAUGUAGCCGACUUGCAGUGUAGUUAAAGCCUCACUCGACGUCAUUCCUCUUCGGGGACAACUGUGGCGGCAGCGCUAUUACUCUGUUAUUCACCACCACUCGGCAAUUUUCAUUCUCUCGCCUAGCCUGUAUCAACGCCAUUGCUGGACGGCACAACUCCUUCUUAUCAAGAAACGGGGAAUUUAAGUGCAAGCGUAAACGAGGGAGACUUUAAUCGGUUGUCUACCGUCGCUUGACUUGGAACCAACACUUCACAAUAAAAAAGAUCCAUCCCGAUGCUUCAUUUUAAACCUCCGUUGGAACUAUAUGUGAUAUAUGUUGGGUAAAGGUGCAAAGCGGAAGCUGGACGAGGAUGAAGAAGGGCUGGAAGGCAAAGCGCUGGCGGGGCCCGGAGCGGCGGGGGCCCCGUGCCCCGAGGGCCUGUCCAGGGGCGUGUCGUACACGCUGCAGCGGCAGACCAUCUUCAACAUCUCGCUGAUGAAGCUGUACAGCCACCGGGCGCUGAGCGAGCCCAGCCUGCAGCGCCGCGUGCUCAUCAACAACAUGCUGCGCCGCAUCCAGGACGAGCUCAAGCAGGAGGGCGCCCUGAGGCCGCUGUUCUUCCCCCCGCCGCCCGCCCCCGACCAUCCGCUGGACGAGGGCUUCCGCCAGGCGUCCUCCUCGCCGACGCCGACGCCGCCGACCGCGUCUUUGUCGUCGUCGGCGUCGGCGACGGGAGGGUCAACAACGACCACGCAGAGUUCGCCCGCGAACGGACUGACGUCGCAGCCCUCCCCCCCGCAGGCGUGCCUGACCCCCGCGUCCCUGCUAGAGGAGGACGCGGGCGCGUUUGGGGCCUUGCCUCCGCCGCCUGCCCCCUCGUUGGUGCCCUCCUCCUCCUCGCCACUCCUCCUGGGCGCCCCUUGCAGGCCCCUGAGAGACAGCUUCUCCUCGGCACUGGACGAGAUCGAGGAGCUCUGUCCGUCGGCAGGGGCAGUGUCCGCUCACACGACUACCUCCCUCUCCCCCUCCCCCCUCUCUGUCUCCUCUCCCUCUCCAGCUCUGCCCCCGUCCUCCGCCGCCUCCUCCCCUCACCCGACGCUCACCCUCGCCCCUGCCCUCGUCCCCUCCCUGGCCCUGUCGGGCUCGGACUCCAAAGACUGCGUUAAAGUCUGCAGCCCAAAACCUGACACCGUCGCUAUGGAUACGCUCCCCGCCCCGGCCGAGCUGGACAUGAGCUCCUCCCCUUCCGCCUGUAACUCCUCCUCCCCGUCCUCCUGCGCCUCCUCAGGCUUCCUCACGGACCUGGCCCUGGACGACAUCCUCUUCGCCGACAUCGACACCUCCAUGUAUGACUUUGACCCCUGCACGACCUCCGCCUCAGGGGGCGGCGGCGCCUCCAAACUGACUCCGGUGGUGAUGGCCGACGACCUCCUCAAGACGCUGUCGUCACCGGGGGUGACGCCCAACCAGCCUUUUAAAAUGGACCUGACAGAAUUGGACCACAUCAUGGAGGUCCUCGUGGGCUCAUGAUAGUGUAUCAGAUGAGCGCUGUGCUACAGGACAUUGCAAAACUCACACACACACACAUGCACACACUCACAUCAACACAAAGGGCCCAAAAUUCAUUGAUGGGCAACGUGGCUGGCAACAUGCAAAGUCGGCCGCGCAUGACUUAAAGGUAAUUUAAUAGCUUGGCAAAAUUAUUUUGUUAAUUUCAUAACAUGAGCGAGUUUCUAAACAUGGGUGGGUCAGCGCAAUGGCGGGGGGGGGGGGGGUGUCCCGCGCACAGACAUUGGAGUUCCUUCAAAGCAACACCCCUUUUUCUGUGAAACUUCUAAAUGAUUUCACUUCAGGCAGACCUCCCGCACAAGAACCUCUGUCUGUGACGUCACGUCACGUCUGUGAACUUUAAUAAGGUGUGGUCGAACCGUUGCGAUCAGCUGAUAAAGAAUGACUUCAUUGCCACAUCCACCUAGUACUCUACCCAUUUAUGCUUGACUGUGCCCCUGCUUUGUGUCAAUGAAAUGAGCAAACAUGAGUUAGCCCCAUCACUCACUCACACACACACACACACACACACACACACACACACACACACACACACACACACACACAAACAUAGUUAUCCCCAUCUAUUCUCACUGCGUGGUGGCUGGUGUGUGAAGCCCGGUCGUGGUGCUCGUUGCCCUGUGACCUUAGGGCCCAGACAGUAGAAGCAAAGAUGAAUCAAAGAUUAGUCUUUUCGACCGAAACCUUACGCUUUUAUGUUUUGGACUCAUUUUGUACAGUCUGUUGUUCCUUUUUUUGUUUUUUUUUGUCGUAAGAUGAGGCAGUUGUAAUAACGACCGAUGAUGUCACCUGAUACUUCUUUACAACACUGUGCAUGCACUGUGCUCGCCUUUCCCCAACCAAGGGAGGGAUAAAAAAACAAACAAACAAACCGGAACCGGAAGAACGUAAGGAACACGCUUUGCUUUCUCGCAGAACCCAGUGCCUUCAUCAUCAUUUGACCAGUCGGUCAGUUCCUGCUGUUUUAUCAACAAUCUCCAUUAUCAUCUCCACCUUCACUGAAAAAGAGACUGCUUUAAAAAAAGUACACCUGUCUCCAGGUAAAGACACCUGGCCUGAAGGACACCUGUCUCCAGGUAAAGACACCUGGCCUGAAGGAGACCUGUCUCCAGGAAGAGCAAACACCCCCUCUAGGAUACCCUCUGGUUCUCUCUGCUGGUGCAAGUAAUGAACAACUCUCAUACCUUCCUCUGUUAUUAUCUUUUUCUGUCUCUACCGUCUCUUCCUUUAUUACGAAAAAACCUGUGUGUGUGCGUUUCUGUGUGUGUGUGUGUGUGUGUGUGUGUGUGUCUGUCUAGGUCUGUGUGUGUGUGUGUUUGUGUCCUAUGUAAAUAUAUUUCAGCUUGCAGAGAGAUACCCAUGAAAUGUUUUAUUAUAUUUUUUUUUUAUAAAAUAGUGCUUCUCUCUGUUGCCUCCUGUCAACUCCAGUAAGGAUUCUGGGACAGCCCCAAAAUGGACUCCAAUGU